UUUCAGUGGCCAUGAUGAGGUGGCGUCUAGCCGUCCUCUUUCUGACGCUUCUGGCGUCAACCACCGGAGACGAUACGACCACGAAGGCUUCGGUUUCAACUACAACGAAAAAAGGAACCGAUGGCCCACACUUGACGACCGAUGACGAGGGAUUUUUGACUGUAAUCCAGGGAUUUGCAACUCAGCUUCAGUGCGUCUUGAAUACAUGCUCAAAGGAUGUGAUUUGGUACAAGGAUGGAUCUCAAAUAUCCAAAGGAUCACAAUUCUUGAAUACAACUUCAGAGAAAGCCUACAAAAUUCAACAUUCGAUAGAAGUUGAUUACGAAAAAGGAUGUUCUGGAGAAUGUGACGAUUCGAAGCCAUGUGGGGAUGGCUUCUCGUGUGUUGACAAUCAAUGUUGCUCGUGCCGGAGAGAGGAGUUUACGUUGGUGCUUCGUAAUCUCACAUUUGACGAGUCGGGUAGAUAUCGGUGUCAAUUGGGCAAUAAAUCCGAACUGCUCGAGUUUCAAGUGGAAGUUCUUGAAUCCGGACUAAAGGGUGGUUUCCAUGAGAACAUCUCAUAUGACCAUUCAGAAUGUUGUCAAGAAAAAGGAAUUUCUCCGCUAUGCCGUGGAAUGUGUAAACCCUCGGAAAUGGACCAGCACCAUUUCGACCCAACAAGCUGCAAAACCGAUGACUACAAACAUUUCCUGUCCUGUGCCACAGAAGACGGAACUCGUUCUCAUGUUCAUUGCUGCAAGACUCAGCUCGUUCCGAGCUUCUGCUACGAUUUCUGCUCGGGAGACUUCCAGAUGCUCCGUCGAUCACAUCGUCUCUGCCUCUACUAUCUUCCAGAGAUAUUCUCGUGUUUGGAUCGUGCCUACCUGCCGUAUCCUGAUCCGCCGACAGCAAUUGAAGUGAAUGCUGUGGAGCACGAUAAGCUAUCCGUAUGCUGGAAAGAGCCGGAAAAGCACGAGUCGAAUAAGAUGUUCCCGAUUCUCGACUAUGCAGUUUAUUUCAAAGAAAUUCCCAAUUUCCCAUUACUCGGCGGUGAUAUGGGUCUUCCUUUGUUAACUGGAGACUAUUCGGACAUUGGGGAUAUUCAGGAAGACGAUUAUCAACAGGAGGAAGAUGACGCGGAAGAAGUUGUCAAAGACUCGACGAUUGCACCACGUGGAAAACGAGAUGUCGACUUUGAGUCUGAUGGAGUCAAGGUUCAGAUUCGUGAGAAGCGAUCUACAAUGGUUAUUGUGACCAGAGAUGAUGUGACGAAUUCGACGACGAUUCGCGAGUUUGCGUUCCAAAAUGUUAAUACCACAGAAAGAUGUGUCACUUUAUCGGAUCUACGAUCAUCGACAAGAUACAUUGUCUACGUGACUGCUAGAAAUGAGUACGGUACUAGUGUUCCGUCGGUUCGAAACAUUGCAUCUACCAACGUUCAUAUGGUCAAGAACAAUGCGAGUUUGCCAGACUCGAUGAAAUGUUGCACUGAUGCAAAUGUCACCUCGUUCUGUUCAUCAAAAAUGUGCAAUGUCGCAGAAGAUCCAUCUUCAUUCUCGACCAUCACAAUCGCCACUACUUGCCGUGCCGAAUGGCCAAAAGUGUCUCCCUGCAUUGCCGACGGCCGGAACCAUACUGAUUGUUGUCUGAAGAAGGGCGUACAACACGAUUGCCUUGAAAUUUGUUCGGGAAGCACAAAAGAACUCGGUGUGCAUUCAGUUCUUUGCCUCAAUCUUGAUCUUCAAGCAAUCUAUCAAUGCAUCAGACAAGGCUAUGAGACACAUCCAUCUGCACCUGGGAAUGUGACGAUUUCGGAGUUAACAGCUCACAGCGUGACUGUUCAGUGGACUGAGCCUAAUUCAAAUGCACAUCUCGUCGAGAACUACACACUUUUUAUUCGGAAAAAUGAACACGGAGAAGCUGUCCGAACAGUGAAGAACGUAAUUUCACCACAUGUUGAACUUGGAUUGGAUCCAGAUUCCGAGUACGUUCUUACUCUUCAAUCUCAUUCCGCUAAUGGUACAUCUCUACCUUCAACUGCAAAAUUGUUCUCAACACUUCCAACAACUCGUCCUCCAUUGUGCACAAUUGGGGAACCAAUCUACAUGAAUGAUGGUCGUGUCAUGAUUUGCGAUGCUGUGAAUCCUUGUCCAAAUGGAUUCAGAUGUACUGGAGCUGGUUCUGAUCUUUCAUAUUGUUGCCCACACGAUGGAACUCAUUCGUCGGAAGAGUUCACUUCCUGUUGUAAGGAACAGAAAAUGCCAGAAAGCUGUAUGAGCAGUUGCCAAUACAACAUGACGCUUCCCGAGAGUUGCAAGGAAAAUCUGAAUACUUGGGUUCAAUGUGCUUCUGAAGGUCAUGAUCAUUUAAGAUGCUGUCUGCAAGAAGAAGUUUCAAAACCAUGCCAAACCGCUUGUAUGCAUCCAUUUACUGUACCAGCAGAUGAAUGCUUUAGUGAAGUUUCAAAGUAUAGAACAUGCUUCAGUGCUGCCCAUCAAGCCCUUCCAGCCGCUGUCAGGAAUGUGGAAGUAUCUUCUAUCAGCAAGGAUUCCGCGACAAUUUCCUGGGAAGAUCUCGAAGCGAACAUCAUUGUUUUCCGUGUUCAAUUAUUUGAAAAAGGAGGAAAUUUGAUUAAGACGGAGAACAGUUCUGCAGACAUUUUCCGAUUCAUUGAUCUAGAGCCUAACAAGGAUUAUUCUGUUCGCGUUACUGCCAUCAAUUUUUUGGGAGAAGGUCCACCAUCAUGGAAUGCUACCUUCACAACCAAGCCGGCGCAGAUUUAUGAAGGAGAUCGACCAGUUGCUCCAGAAAAGCUCAGAAUCUCAUGGAAUUCAGGACCACGCGUAAACGUCACCUGGGACCCUGUCUCAGUCCGUCGUAACGCUGAAGUGGUGACCAAACCGAUUGAGUACACCAUUUACUACUUGGAUACAGAGCAAAGCUCUACAUGGACAACGUUGAGGACCAAUCAAACUUGGGUUGUGAUGAGAGAUCUUCGCAAAGAUGCACUGUAUUAUGUCUACGUAACAGCAAAGGAAGACAAUCGUACCAGUCGUAGUUCAUCAAUAAUAACUAUUCUUGCUCAAAAAGACUCUCCAGGACUUCCAGAGCCAACAAUUGUCAUUGAACCGGAUCACAAGGAUGGAGUGUUUUCUCCUGGAGAAAAGAUUUCCAUUAAUUGCUCCUUGCCGAACAUCAAGAAGCAUCUCAACAUCGAUCUGACUGUAGGAUCACAUGUCGUGCAAAAUGAUCAUGGUGCACUGUGGGUUAUCCUGGAAACUGAAGCAGACGAGGCAAUGGACACUGCUACCUGUGCUGUAUCGGACACCGACGGUCGUCAGCAUGUUGCUAUGAAGCAUCUGGUGUUGGAGAGAAAGGCGUCAGUUACGAUGAAGAAGGACAAGAUCCGUGUGUUGGAUGAUCAGUCUGUGGAAAUUGAGUGUAUCUAUCGAGGUGGAGGUCUUGAUCCGAAGAUUUCAUUCGAGAAGGAUGGAAAGAAGGCAUCACGGGGAUUCUUGAACCUGAAGAAGACUGAAGCUGGAUACGUGGCCAAGUGGCAUAUCCGCAAAGUUAAGCAAGAAGAUGCUGGAUUCUACAAAUGUGUGGUCACUUCUAGUGAUGGUUCUCGAGUUGAGGCAUCGUCCGAAGUCAUUUUCUCCACUGAAACACUUCCAGUCAAUCCAAAACUCAUUCUCCAAUGCUGCGAAGACGAGGGAAUCACUGGAGAUUGUCUGCAAGCUUGCAACAUUGGACGUACAUCACUUUCAAUCAAAAAUCAAAAUUGUACUCGUUUCGCUGUCUCACUUCUCAAGUGCGCAUCAGACAUUCGUGAUCAUUCUGAUUGUUGCAUCGCGAGCGGUGUCACAUCGAAAUGCCUUCCACUGUGCUCUGGAGAUAGCUUCUCUCCGGAUAUUGACUGCUCCGAACACGCGGUUUCUAUCAUGACAUGCUCUGUGAAGAGUCAUGAGCAUGCUCCAUCAGAAGUCAGUAAUGUUCGUAUCAAGGCAUCAGAAGGAAAAGUCAACAUUGAAUGGGAUUAUCCACUUACGAAAGACUAUAAAUAUUUUGCUGUCUACUAUCGAAAAGCUCACGAUGACCACGAGGAUUGGCACAAGUUGAAGACUAUUCAGCAGAAUAUCGAACUCGACGUGGAUCCUUCCGAAGAUUAUGAAGUUGGAAUCCUCGCAGCCAACGCGCUCGGUCACAGCAGACUGAUGUAUUCCGCGAUUCCUAAGGAUUCCGAACCUCGACGAUCGGCUUCAAAGGGAUCUUCCUCUGCUUUCUGGAUUGUUGUAAUUCUUGUAGUCUUUGGAGUCUUGAUUGCGGGAUUAGCUGUUCUGAGCAAGCGACGCGAGCUUCCAUAUCCAAUUGGAAAGUUUAUUGGAAGAAGAAAUGACCCGAAUCAGCCGACUGUUGCAUUUGAAAAUCCAGCUUACGGAGAGCCCUGGGGCGGAGCCGAAGUUGAAAUCCGAGGAUUAGGUGGCUCAGCCACAACUGGAACAGCUGCUGCAACCCAAUCUGAAUGGCAAAGUGCCAACCUCGAAGCGAACAGUACAACUGAUAACAGCCACGAGUACCGAAACGGCAUGAGAUAUGCUAAACUUGAGACCUAAUUAUUUACUAUUUAUAAUUAUUUUUUCUCUACUUCCUACCACAUUUUUUCUCAACAGUUUCAUUUUCAAUUUCUUGUCCUAUAAGAUAUCUGACAUUCCAUGUAAUCUUAUUUCUGUUCCAUAGUCACCACCAUUUUCCUUGUGUAUUUGUGUGAUUCAGUUGUGCGUGUUUUGACUUUUUGCGGGUCGAUGUUCAUUUUCUUUUUUUCUAUACACUCAUUUUUGCAAAUUUUGACAACAUUUCGGUUUUCUACUUGUCUGCAAUUUUUGAAUAUUUGAUUGUAUUUA